AUGACAGACAGCUGUUGGGCAAUCCUUCUUACAGUUGAUUGCGCACAGGUUCGUGACGUCCAGAUCAUCCGUGAUGCCCGUACAGGCCGCUCCAAGGGGUUAGCAUACGUGGAGUUCUACCUGCAGGAGGCCACGCUCAAGGCACUCGCGCUGAGCGGCCAGCCGGUCAAGGGCCAGGCUGUGCGCGUGCAGCCCUCCCAGGCGGAGAAGAAUCGCGCUGCACAGGCGGCCAAGGCCUCCAUUCAUUACACGGCGCCGCGGGAGACGCCGUUGCGCUUGUACGUGGGCGGCCUUACGGACUCAUUGGCGAACAUUUCUGAGGAGGAGCUGAAGAAGUUGUUUUCGCCAUUCGGUGAGAUCGAGUUUAUUGACUUGCACAGGGACCCUUACACCAACAAGUGCAAGGGCUUCGCCUUCGUGCAAUUCAAGAAUGCCUCAGAGGCACGUGAGGCCAUGACCGCCAUGAACGGCUUCCAGCUGGCAGGAAAGGAGCUAAAGGUGGGUAUCGCCACAAGCGACAUGCAGCUUGGUGAGGGCGGCCAGGGAGGCAAUAACUUGGCCAUUGGUGGGGAGAACCUACAUGAGGUUAUGGUGGACCCGGUGUGCCCUCUAACAUCAUUGCAAGAGCCUGAGAAGACCUUGCACGGAAUGUUCAACCCCGCGCAAGUGAACCUUGCGGCGGACCCUGAAUUCUUCAACGACAUCCACGCAGACGUGGAGCAGGAAUGCAGGAAGUAUGGCUCGGUCAUAAAGGUCUUUGCCGACCAGGGCAGCAGCAAGGGCGAUGUCUGGGUGAAAUUUGCGGACGCGACCUCUGCCGCAAAUUGUCAGCGUGCAUUGGACAGGCAAAGCACCUCGCUGUCUGCAAUGCGAGCGGUGCUGGUUAUGGUGGACCCGGUGUGCCCUCUAACAUCAUUGCAAGAGCCUGAGAAGACCUUGCACGGAAUGUUCAACCCCGCGCAAGUGAACCUUGCGGCGGACCCUGAAUUCUUCAACGACAUCCACGCAGACGUGGAGCAGGAAUGCAGGAAGUAUGGCUCGGUCAUAAAGGUCUUUGCCGACCAGGGCAGCAGCAAGGGCGAUGUCUGGGUGAAAUUUGCGGACGCGACCUCUGCCGCAAAUUGUCAGCGUGCAUUGGACAGGCGUUGGUUCGCGGGUCAGCAUAUUAUUGCAGAGUUUAGCACCGAAGCUGCAGGGGCCUCGAAAGCAUGA